CAGGAUUUCUUCAAUCUCCCAAUGGAAGAGAAGAAAAAAUAUUGGCAGUACCCAGGAGAACUAGAAGGAUUUGGACAGGCCUUUGUUGUGUCUGAGGAACAGAAACUUGAUUGGGGUGAUCUCUUUUUCAUGAUCACCCUCCCACACCAUUUCAGAAAACCCCAUCUGUUCCCUAAGCUGCCUCUUUCUUUCAGAGAUGCGUUGGAAAUUUACGCAUUGGAGCUGAAAAAUCUAGCCAUGGCCAUGUUAAAAAUCAUGGCAAAAGCACUUGAAAUGGAAAGCGGAGAAAUGGAGGAAUUCUUUGAAGAGGGUUUUCAGUCAAUGAGGAUGAACUGUUACCCUCCAUGUCCUGAACCAGAAAAGGUUAUUGGGCUCGCUCCUCAUUCUGAUGCUGUAGGCCUCACCAUCCUGCUUCAGAUAAAUGAAGUAGAAGGCCUCCAAAUAAAAAAAGAUGGCAAAUGGGUUCCAAUUAAGCCUCUCCCAAAUGCUUUCAUCAUCAACAUUGGAGACACUUUGGAGAUUAUAACAAAUGGAGCAUAUCGUAGCAUCACUCACCGCGCGACAAUUAACUCAGAAAGAGAAAGGCUCUCCAUUGCCACAUUCUAUAACCCGAAGUAUGAAGGGGAAAUAGGUCCAGCAAGAAGCUUGAUCUCUCAGCAAAAACCAGCGUUGUUCAAGACAUUGGGGGCCGAAGAAUAUUUCAAAGGACUAUUUGCUCGUAGGCUUCAUGAAAAAUCUUACCUUGAUACCCUGACACUGUAACAAGGUUAGACCUGAAGUGAUGUUCAAUGCAGAAUUUCGAUGAGUGAGUUAGAGAGAAUAAGAAAUAAAUGUGAAAAAUGUGC